AUAAAUCGAAGAAACCGUGAGACAUAAAGUUGUACCUUGGCAACGGAGUAAACAAGUUCAGUGAGGGAAUCUUACUUUCACAAAAUUAAUCUGCAAUGCGGAAAUUUAAGAGAAAAGUUUAUCGCGAAUAUGAAAAUUUUGUGCGACCUAAAACCCAUGUGGAGCCGGAGCCACCAAAGCCUAUUAAUUUAUCGAUUGAGGAUUUCAAUGCGCGCGGAGAAAUCGCCAAUCCCCGUGCUCCUUGUGUAGUUACUACCAUCGAUCCCGACUACAUUAAAGAUGCAAGCUUGCAGCGCUUGGCUAGAAAGUUUCGUAUGAAAACAGAUAUCCUACUCCUUAGGGAAAUUACACGCAAUCGGUUUAUGUACUAUGCCACGCAAGAACUGUUCCUGGACCGAAAAAGAGAAAAGGAGUACCAAGACAAUCUAUAUGCAAAGGCUGAGGAGUUCCACAAGUUUGCCGAGGAUUCUUUGAAGAAAAUGGAGGCGGAUGAGUUCAAGAAAAUGUUGGAGGCCCAAGAGAAGUUGAAGAAACUGAAAGAAAGCAAACUGGCCGAGGAGCUCAACGAGGUGAAGCUGGAGCACCAGCGGGUUCUAAUGGAAGUGCAGGAAGUCUAUGGUCGCUUUCAGUAUCUCCUCAAGCUGAUCAGCUACUUUGACGACACAGUGGAGGAGGAGGAAACCGAUGGGGAUGAUGACAACAAUAAGUUGGUCCUGCCGAAGGAGAUUAUUGCCAUGGAGAUCACCGAACGGAAUCCAGCAGGACUGGAGCAAGUGCGCCAAGUUCAGAACUACAUGGAAAAGAUAGUGCGUCCAUAUUUGGCCAAGAGGCAUCACUUAAAUGCUGAGAUCUGGAUUCGCGGCUACGAGAGGAACCGCUUGAAGGUUUCCAACUACAAUAGGCGAUUCACGCAGCUUGCACUUUUGAAUCACAUUGUGGGCAUCCUUCAUGACAAGUCUCAAAAGACUUACGAGCGUCAGGUGAAAGCCAAUGUGUUCCUCAAGGAUCCGGAGUUCCUGCAAAAGCGGGUGUCAGGACUCCAGGAACGGGCAAAGGGUUUACUGAAUGACUACGAACAAAGAUACUGCAAGGAUAAGUUAAACAUCAAACUUAACAGCAUUAUCCCAGUGAUUCUGAAGCAAAUCCAAAACAAAGUUCAGCCGGAGCAGAAGAAGGAGGUGGUGGAGGCACCACCUAAGCCGCCGCCACAAAAAUCAGCUAAGCAGUGGCGCACCUUAGAAAAUAUGCAACCCCCACCGCCGCCACCGAAGUCGACAUACGAAGACGAACAGGACACCACUCUGGCCAAAGUGGAGAAAAUCCAAGCACAUGUUCUGGAACUCUUGGCCAAGCUAGACCACAUAGAACCCAACAAGCUGCGAAGCGUCGAGCAACAAGUUCGCCGUCGCAUGGCAGCCGAGAAAGAUAUGUCUCGCCGGGCUUUGGUGAAACAAAACCGACUGCACAACUGGAUGGCUCAUUUCAAGAAGCACCAUAACCUGCAGGUGGAGCAGCGAUGGAAAAACAAGGUCUGAACUGGUCAACCAUAUUACCAACCAACAACCAAAUCAGUGAAUAAAAGUAUGAUCAAGACAUAAAUAAGAGUUAUUUUAAGCAACGAAA